AUGUCGACUCUAACCAGAGCAUUUACCAAGCGCUCCAAGCGCAUUGAAGUAUCUUCGCCGAUGCCUUAUCGUGAGGGCCAGGUGAAGCUGGCGGCCGGUACAAUCAAAAGAGGCAAGAUCUCAGCACCAGUCGAACUUUUGUCGACUACGAAUAUGCUUGCCUACAAUGCGCCGGAUCUUCACUCAGCAUCCUCGUCCUCCACCUCGUCCUUACAAUCUCCCGACGAUUCAGAUCGGUCGUUCAGUCAGCACAGUUUCCCUUCACCGACCACUACACCUGCAGAUUCGCCAAUCGAACCGAAUCCGCUGUCAGGAUACUUUCCGAAACGGUCUGCAACUGUGACAAGCCAUCCGCGAUCCUCGUCAUCGACCACGUCCUCGAAUGACGCUCCGAUUAUUCCCAGGCGUGCGCUUUCUCACACCAAGCGAAACCACCAGGAGUUGGCGCGCCAGCGCUCCAUGAAGCGCAUGUCGCCUCCGUCUGACAUCAGUGGCAAUGUGGAGCGACCAGCUUACAAUGACUAUCAUACGGAACCUCACCCGUUCGGCAAAGAGUUAGAGCAAGUCAACGAAGUUGUCGAGGAAUUUGGUGGCGCCCCUCUAUUUGACGAGGAAGAACAGAUUCUGCAUAGAAAAGGUCUUAAGAAGUACUCGGUGAACGACUAUCUUGUGGAGAUUGAAGACCUUUAUGGCAGCAUUUUUAACGAUCGGCUGGGUCCGAUCGCUUCCACAUCCUGGCUUUGA